CUAUGGGCCACCUUGAAAGAUUUCAUCACAGCUUACAUAGGCCUCUCCCCGACUACCUUCUUCAAGGUCCUAGCCCUAGCGAUGGCCUUCUACUAUGCCGUCUCCAGCUUCUUCGAUUCUUUGCCUCCUCUGCAGAGGUCGAGGGAUUACGAGGAGAAGAUGGAGCCUCUGCCGCCUCCGGUCCAGCUCGAGGAGAUCACGGAGGAGGACCUGAAGGUGUACGAUGGAUCAGACCCUAAGAAGCCACUACUGAUGGUGAUCAAGGGCCUUCCACUGCUCGUGAAUCUCCGAUUCUCAGGGAUUUGCAUUGUCGAAUCCCUUUUUAGGGAUUUCCAUUGUCGAGACCCUUUUUGGGGUUAGCAUGCUUUUGUUUCUAGGUAUAUUGUCAGAUAGUUUCCAGUUGCCCAGGCUUGAAACAGUUUGACCAUCAGUUUGGGACAGAUAAUGGGAGCCUGUGAAAUGCAGUUCAUGUUUGUGCAGUCUCAGGUGCUCGGUGGACCACCAAAAAGCAGAUGCAGUUGUGAUUUUGGGGUAUACCCAAACAGUUCUUAAAGCAUGCCAAAGUUUAGUGUUGUUUUGUUUUUUAUAUGAAUUCUAUUUUCUACGGAUGACUAUAUAGAUUUGGAUGACUAUAUAGAUUUUAUAUGAAUUCUGUUCAGUGCUGUUUUGUUUUUGUUUUUGAUUUUUUGUUUUUUUCUUUAUUCACUUUUAACUUAGAUGGAAAAAAGCUAUUCUCAAGCUACAAUGUUACAAUUUUUGCUUAGAUUUAUGCUAUGGCUUUGUAAUCAUGUAAUAAAUGUUGGCUUAACAAUGCCAAUAAUCUCAGUCUUAAAAGAUGUUAAUUCUCAUGCUUCUUUAUAUUAGGAACAAAUAGACUAAGCAAUUCUACUUCAAAUUUUCUGUUUAGUUGAAUAUGCAAUUUUAUUUGACACAUUUAGUACCUGUUUGGUAGAUCCAAAAAUAUGUUCAUCUCAUUUUAGCUAACAAUAAUUAUGUAUUAGAGAUUGUUAUCUAUAUCACAUAAUCACUUUUAACAUGAACUCAUUAUCUAUUAGAGAUCAAGAUUAAUGCAUAGUUUCUGUUAACCAAAAUUAGAUCAACUCAUUAUCUAUUAGAGAUCAAGAUUAACGCAUUUUCAUGGGUAUUUAUAUAUUUCCAACACUAUCAUUUUUGACUUGCCAUCUGCUAGUAUCCAACCUGUUUUGAUAAAAUUAGAUCCAAAACUUUUGUGACCCAUAAAAAAAUGAUAUUAGGUGCAACCAAACACACUCUAAAAGCAUUCAACUAGACAUGCCCCUUUGCA